AUGGAAGGUCUUGCUGAAUUUGUCUCCAAAUCCUUUAGCGACGAAAACAACGAGGAUGUCAACAAACCAACGAAACAGGCAACGGCAUCAACAACAAUAAAAUGUGAGGAAAAGAUAGUUGUAGACGAUAAUCAACAGGAAGCAACAGACUUACGAAUUGUACAUAAAGAGGAGGAUCAAUCGAAAACAUUACCUUCAUGUGACCCCGUCCCUAAAAUGGACAGUGUGGAUGUCGUCACUGACGGGUCGGACACAGAAACUAUAGGAGACAAGACAGAGAUAAGCGAGGAUGGCCAGCCCAAACUAAAACAGCGCCGCAGUCGGACCAACUUCACCCUGGAGCAAUUAAAUGAACUAGAGCGAUUGUUCGACGAAACACACUACCCUGACGCCUUCAUGAGGGAGGAGCUCAGUCAGCGGCUAGGUCUGUCAGAGGCCAGAGUACAGGUCUGGUUCCAAAAUCGGCGAGCAAAGUGCCGCAAACAUGAGAGUCAGAUGCAGAAAGACAUCGUAUUAGGAACCCCACUUGACGCCUGUAGAAUGGCCCCGUUUGUCAAUAUGACCCAGGUUCCAAGGGAGCCCGUGGAUCGCCUCCAUUUUGCACCAUUUCUACCUUAUUACCAACUUCACGCUGCGUCGGCGGCUGCGGCGUCGACAACUCCUCACCAGCCAAUCCACCCUCUGUUGUUGUAUCAUCAUCACUACGCCGCCGCGCUAAACUACGCAACUCUUCAUGACAGUAGCUUCAAAUCCUCAAAAAAUUCCAGCAUUGCCGAUCUCCGGCUGAAAGCUAGGCAACAUCUGGCCUCACUCGGUAUAUGAGUGACAAAACGUUGUUUUGUAUUUUUUUCGAUGACAGAAGGACGGUCAUUCUGAUUCAAAGGGUAACAUUUUACGUAGAGAGAUUUAUUGAAGAAUGUGUAAGGACAGAACAUUCCAUCGAAUAGAACCGGAAGUGAUGUUUUUAUCAGAACCUGUCAGACUGGUAGUUUACACACAAGAAACGCAUUUACCUCAUAGGAAAGGUACGGAACAUUAUGUGGCUAUGGACUUUAUUAUAUAGGCAUGCUUAUUUCAAAAGCGAUUGAUAUAUUCAGUUAAAAACCGGAAAUGUGUGCAUAGCCUGCAUCCCAACAUGUCAAGCAUUUAAUCGCCAUAACAUACUGUUUCCGUUAAUCCUGAUAUAUCAGGGUAACUGAUCAUGAUGUGUACCUUAUCAUUACACGUCAUUGACCUUGAUAUGUCAGACACUCAUUGUGAUUAAUCAGGAAAUCUUAAUCUAAUCAAUCUGAGUUUUUCGACAUCAUUAUGCGCAACAUUGCAAUUAAAAACGGGCGCUUUACUGCUUUUACUUAGUCUAGAUAAUCAAGAUACACAUUUAUCGAUUUAAUUAAUUAUGAUGCGUAACUGUAAUUAAUUCAGUGUGUACGGGUAAUUACAUGUAGUUAUGACGUGCGCGUGUAAUUAAGACGUAUAUGUGUAGUUAAGACGUGUACGUGUAAUUAAGACAUGCCCGUGUAAUUAAUUAAGCCGUGUACGUGUAAUCAAUUACGACGUGUACGUGUAAUUAAUUCAAACGUGUACGCGUUGUUGAUUAUGACGUCCAGGUAAAGCUGAUUUUCACGUGUAAAUGUAAUUCAUGAUGACGUGUCAGAGUAAUACCUGACAACCUGAUAAUGAAUUAAUCUAAUUUGUCGGUGAAACUAAUUUCGACAUGUCAGAUUUCAAUGCUAUUAUUUACGACUCGUAAGUGUAAUUCAGCACAAUUUGAUAAUGAAUUAGUUUUUACCUGUCAGUAUAAUUAAUCAUCAGUUUAAUCCAUCACUUCUUGUCUGUACCAUUAUCCAUAAUUUGUCGGUGUAAUUAAUCCGAGGACGUCAUUGUAAUAUAUCACGACAAUGUAAGUGUAUCUAGACUACAGUGUAAUGACCAGCCUAUCUAACUACGACACGCGAGUGUGAUUGAAUCUAACUCAUUUGAAUAAUUAAUUCAGACACAUGAGUGUAAUUGAUUAUGACUCGUCCGUGCAUUCGAUGACGUCAUUUGUGGUGUAAUUAAUCAAAAAUCGUCCGUGUAAUAAAGUAAGACAGUCGGUGUAAUUAAUCAUGACUAUUCAGUGUAAUUAAUCAUGACUAUUCAGUGUAAUUAAUCAUGACUAUUCAGUGUAAUUAAUCAUGACUUUUCAGUGUAAUUAAUCAUGACUAUUCAGUGUAAUUAAUUAUGACUAUUCAGUGUAAUUAAUUAUGACUAUUCAGUGUAAUUAAUCAUGACUAUUCAGUGUAAUUGAUUAUGACUCGGGACAUUCGUGUCUAUAAUCAUGACUUGUCGGUAAAGUUAAUCAGGAUUCAUUAGUGUAAUUAAUCACAUAUCAAUGUAAUAAGUUACAAAUGUUAAUGAAUUUUAGUCGUGACGUAGUCAUUACGUCAGUAUGAUGUAUCAGGACACGUCAGUGUUAUCAGUAAUAAAGAUCUUACAGUGUAAUUAGUGUUACUAUUCUCUAGUCACUAAUCUUUACAUAUGAUGAUGUAUUUAGUUCUGAUAUCUCUAUGUUAUCACGAGAUGUAAUUCGUUAGUAUAAUUGUAUAUAUUUAUAAUAAGAUAUUGAUCUUAUGCAUCUAAUCAUGUAUCGCUGUUUGUUAUUUACGCGUCUAGGUCACUAUUUCUGAUAAUUUUUGUAAUGACUAUUUACAGAGUCGGCAUCAAAUCCAAAUCAAAUUCUGCUUUACAUGUACGACAUAUCAGUGUUGGUGAUUGCUAGCUUCUUUACCUUUUUAUCAAACACUUCUAUUUUCUCGAAAAUAAAUUAAUUUCCACUUUCAUGGUAAUUAUUUUGAAUUGAUAGUUCCGCUAUGACCAUGUACAAUAGAAUUGGAAUGAUGUCACUCAACAUAAUGAUAUAUCCUCACCGUGCUGAUAUCGCCGGGUUCAGCAAUAUACAACGAUUCGCCUCGAGACAUCUCGAUACAGGGAGUGUCUGAUCAGCUUUAUAUCAUAUCUAAUCCCCUCGAUAUAUAUUUCGGUGUAAUUGGAUUUUUAUUAUCUCAGUCUGAUUAAUAACAUUUCAUUUUGUUUCAGUUAUACAAUUUAUAAUUAUGGUGGACGACAAUAGCAUUUAGAUUGGCGAUACGUUUUCCAAAUCUACCGACCGUAUCUGUCCCUACAUUACACUGACUGUUACACAGUGUUCGGCUAAUACAUCAAUCUAAAUACCAGUAUUUGAUUUGCAGGCAUACUGUCUGACGUUUGUGUACAACUACAAUUUGAUAAAUGAUGAAGCUUAUAUGUUAAAGUUUUUAUUAUAUUCAAAUAUAAAUAUUGACUUGUACUAAAAUAUUAUGUAAAUGUAAAUAGUGUGGUAAU